GACCCCACCGAAAUUUUUGCCAGCCUUGCAUAUCCCAUACCCAGAAACGUCAACGGAUUCGGUUCGGGGCUGCAGCUGCAUUCACACCCCAAGCCGAGCAGCACUCAUUCUUCAGAGAACACGACCAUGGCCCGGCGGCGGACAAAGAAGAGAACCCAUGUCGGGGCGAACAAUCCUGUCACUCCGGCGGCCGUCAAUGGCCAUGCCAACACACGAGACCCCAAGAGCAUGGUGAUCCGGAUAGGCGCGGGCGAGGUCGGCACCAGCGUCAGCCAGUUGGCGACCGACGUUCGACGCGUUAUGGAGCCCGGGACAGCAUCACGUCUCAAGGAGCGGAAGGCGAACAGGUUGCGCGACUACGUUACCAUGUGCGGGCCCCUUGGAGUCACACAUCUCCUCCUCUUCUCCCGGUCCGAGUCGGGAAAUACAAAUCUGCGGCUUGCUAUUGCGCCCCGGGGGCCUACUUUCCAUUUCCGAGUCGAACAGUACUCCCUCACCAAGGAUGUCAGGAGAGCGCAACGGCACCCAAGGGGUGGAGGAAAAGAGUACAUCACACCUCCGUUGCUUGUCAUGAAUAACUUUACCAGCCCGACAUCCGACGCGAACACCAAAGUCCCCAGACACCUCGAGUCUCUCACCACAACCGCCUUCCAGUCUCUUUUUCCCCCGAUCAACCCUCAGACCACACCUCUGAAGUCGAUUAAGAGAGUAUUACUCCUCAACCGCGAGCAGUCCGAUGACGGUACUUUCAUCGUCAAUUUCCGGCACUACGCCAUUACCACAAAAGCGGUCGGGCUAUCGAGGCCCCUAAGGCGACUCAAGGCGGCAGAGAAGAUACUGAAGUCCAGUAAGGACAAGAAAGGCGGGCUGCCGAACCUCGGAAAACUGAAUGACAUCUCGGAGUUCCUCAUUGGUGGCGAAAAUGGCGAGGGCUACAUGACGGACGCCACGAGCGGGAGCGAGCCGGACACCGACGCCGAGGUCGAAGUGCUCGAGACAGCCGCCAAGAAGGUGCACAGCGGCAAGGCCCGAGCUGCAGAGCAAGAGGGUGACGAUGAGGAGGCCGGGACCAACAACAAUGUCGAGCGGCGGGCGGUGAAGUUGGUCGAGCUCGGGCCGCGGAUGCGGCUACGCAUGACCAAGGUCGAGGAGGGCCUCUGCUCAGGCAAAGUCAUGUGGCACGAGUACGUCCACAAAACGAAGGAGGAGAUCAGGGAACUCGAGGAGAGGUGGGAGCGGCGGAAGAAAGAGAAAGAAGCGCGCAAAAAGCAGCAGAAGGAGAACGUGGAGAAGAAGCGCAAGGCGAAGGCGGGCAGCAACAAGUCAGGCGAGGCCGAAGGGGUUGGUAAGGACGAUAAGAUGGACGUCGACGAGUCCGACAGCGACUUGUACGAGGAGGAUGCAUUUGACAGUGAAGGGCUCGAGGGCGACGCCGAAGAGCAGGUCAACGCCCGGAUGGAGGAAGGUGGAGAGUGGGAGGACGAGGAAGAAGAGAUUGCCAAAAGCAAGCGUUCAAAGAAGAAGUCGCUGCGAACAUGAUGCAAAAGAUGUCUUCUCUUCGUUCGCACAUUUACUGCCUAUUCUCAAAGCUGGCACUCCUGUACCGUGACCUAAACACCGCCAAUAAGUGUUUGAGGCGACCGAAGGUUGUAUAUGCACAGGCAUGCUAAGUGAGCUCUUUACAAGCCGCAGAUUGUGCAUUUUGAGUUCAAGUUCAUCUGGCUCAUCAAGCCGUCACAGGGGCUGUAAUAUCAAUCAACCGAACUUCUGCAGUCAGUACCGCCAGCA